AAGAACAGGGCGUGUCCGCUCGCUGCGAAUCAGGAAGUGGUUUAUUUACUUAUUUAUUUAUUUAAUUUUGUUUAUUUAAAAAAAAUUUUCCCCAACCGAGUCCCUCCUUCGGCCACUCGGAGCCUUUAGCGGUCAGUUUAGGAUCGCUGGUGUGCAGCUUUUCCUCACCAUCAAUGGCCGAUUUAAACGUCGGUUCAAGUAAUCAGACGACAGAUGGGGGGAACGAUGAAGGUGUAGGAGCGGAGAUCAACGCUGCCUUUGUCCUUGUGCCGGUUUUCUUCCUGCUGGGCUUGGUAGGGGUGGUGAUCUGCCAUGUGCUGAAGAGGAAGGGCUAUCGAUGCACCACCGAGGCCGAGAAAGACCUGGAUGAGCUUGAAGGGUUGGAAAAGGAUCCCGAGCUCAGCACAGAUGACAACCUCAGUGAAAACAAUGACACGGUGGGACAGAUUGUCCACUACAUCAUGAAAAAUGAAGCCAACUCAGACGCCCUCAAAGCGAUGGUUCAUGAAAACAGCAUCGACUCUGACGGUCCUCCGAUCACCUCCUUGUCUCCCGGCUCACCUACGCCCCCGAUGACGCCCCUGUCACCAGGUGCCCCUGUGGGAGCCGCCAAGCACACCUGCAACCACCUGCACACCAUCGGGGGUGCAGCAGGCCAGAAGAACAUCUGCACCCGCUGCAGUCAAAAGAAAUGGCCUCUGAUGAGGAAGCUGUCAAGUCGGAGGUCGGAGCAGCGGCGCAGCCACUAUGGAGAGGUCACUGUUCUGUCUGUGGGCAGGUUCCGGGUGACUAAGUCUGAAAGACCAGCGCGGGAGAGACGGACUCUGCUCAUAUCUGAUGUCCCCACGUUUCCCACAGAGGCGCAGCCGAAGAGCCGGUCCACGUCAGAGUCCCAGCAGGAACCGACACAGGAUUUGGACAAAGAGCUUCACAAAGAGCGGAAACAAAGCAUCCGGACAGUUUUAAAAUCCAAGUGAGAGCAUUAAAAUAUCAGCAGCGGAGCAGUCCCUUUGUAUUCUCACUCCGCAGGGGACAAGGAGGUGCUGCUGCCAAAGACGACGGCGAAACUGUGCCACUAUCAGGUUAUUUUAUAAGCAGAAAGGAGUGACUGAUGCCAUUCCACCCCGUAAUGGGGAUUUACAGCAGUGUCUUGCUCAAAAGGGAUGAGAGCAGAACAGCUGCUCGACGCCACCAAAUAUUAAAGCGGGAUUUUUUUCAGGCGACUCAAUUAGCGACGACAUGGUCCAACAUGUGUCCGAUCGCUCGGACAACUUACAAAAAGCAAAAUCACAGAAACUAAAACUUGUAGGUUGGCAUUCAGCUUGGAAUGGUUAAAGAUGCAGGAAGGUCACCUGGUCCAACAUCAAACUCGCGUGAUAGCAGGUGGGUUCUGCUAAGCGCACACUCCAUCAGAAAGAGCUAGCGCACUAACCUCACGUUUCAGACUUUUUCGCAGCUGCCUUCCUGACAAUUUCAAGAUGUGAUUUAUCCUUUUUGCCACGUAGUUCCACACUUACUUAUCACUUUUUUCCCACCUCCGUUGUUGCAGCUGCUCGGUUACUGGUAGCACACUAGACAUGUUAGCGGUUAGCGGCGGACUAGCCAAACUUGAAUUUGGUUCAGGAAAAUGGAAAAAAUGUGAUCAGCAAGUUGGGAGUCAUUCGGAGGAGUAUUAAUGAUGUAUUACUGUAACAGAGCUCUGUUUUUGUGUAUCCAGAGAGUGUAAACUGUAUUGGUCCAAGUAUAAGACUAUCCUGAUUAUAAGACACUAAUGACCAAAACACCGCCAUUUCAUGACCAGUGCGGGAUAUCCAGCCCUUGUAUCGUUUGAAUUGAUUUGGCAGUUGACCGUGUCUUUGCCUUCAACAUUCUACUUCGUCUAAAAAUCACAAAUAUCGCAUGCUUUUGUAAGAAUCGUCAGUUUCAUGUAGCUUUUCAAAUGAUGUCGGCAAAUCAUAUUGAAAUUUAAAAUACUGUUUUUCGGCUUUGUGCGCAAGCAAGGCAAGAAUGGUGGGUAAAAACAUGGAAACGGUGAAAAGCAAAAUUAGUGUGACCGUGAUGACAAACUCGAACAUGGGAGUAAAUGUUUGGUCCAGUACUUGAUAACUGAGCGCCCGCCCCCUCUCGAAUGCAAACAGCCUGUCUUACAGUCAGGCCUUAACCCCAUGAUGGCGCGAACCUUGAUAAUGCUAUGUCUCACUGAUGAAUAUUUCUUACAAUCAUUCGUUUUAUUUUUUGUUUUUAAAAUGUGACUGAUGGAAACAAAUGUGCAGAAGGCUCCACCAUUCAGACCCCUUUUUCUUUUUAGCUUUCUUCUUUGCAGAGUGUAUGAUUUUUGACACUAACAGCAACACUAAACCUGCUUUUUAAGAGAACUUAUUUUCAGCCUGUGAUGUUAUUGCAGGUUGGCUGGAUGCACUUUAAAUAUAUAUAAAUAUAAAAAUCUGCCAUGUGUCCAAUAGAUAUUGGGGAAUCUUGAUCUGAAUGCAGAAUAUGUCUAAAUCAUUUGUUUAAAUUGCCAAAGUGUAUCAGGAGUAAUAAUAUAUAGGUUUAAAGGUGAUAAAUGGUAAUCAUUUAAAAUAUUUUGCUCCUCUAAAGGUGCAUCUAUAUGCUAUAUAAAGUAUUAUUAUUAUUUAUAUUGGUAGUAAUUGUAAAUCAGUAUGUUUUUAAUCCAUAUUUGCUUUAUUCUGCCAUCAGCAGUUUAUGUGGAUGUUUUGCAUAUAUAUGUGUGUGUGUGUUAUAGGUGACAUGAUCCUUGAUAUAUUUUAUAUCAGUUUAUCACUGAUGGAAUAAGCCUACAUUUGCUUUUGUGAUUAAAUGUGGCUUUAGUUUGCAAGCAUGUGGAUGAUUGAAUGGCUGUUAAAAAGUGAGACAAUGGCUGCUGUCAUUCAUGAAUAUGUUUACAGUAUCCGGAAUCAGUCAUAGCAGAGAGCAAAUCAUGAGUUGUGUGUAUUUUAUACAUUAUGUUUUGUUUGCUGUUAAACUGUUUAUCUGAAUGU